GAGCCAAGCUAAGGCAAAAAUUAAAAAUAAAUAUUGUUUGCAUCUGAAAGAUACAUAACACUCUUAGUCGUAGUAUGUUGCUUCAAUGUUUUGCUUGCUGUGCGCUGUGUUUAGUGUCUUUAUGUUGAAUAUAAAACAAAUCUACCUUAGCAGUUAGAUACAUAUGUACAUAUAUACAAUUCGGUUUUGAUCAAUUAUAUUUCAUGAGUUGUAUGUGAUCACUUGAUGAUCAGUCCAUCGAAGUUAUUCACUGAAUGAGCUCUUACUCUUUUUCGAACGGAUUCAAGUGAAGCUUUUAAGAAUAUACGAAUAUCGUGCUUGUGAUAUAACUUAAGAAUUUUUGAUACCUGAAAUAAAAAGGAAGUUAAAAGAUUGUAUUUAAAAAAAAUUAAAUUGAAAUUCAAGAUACUCCUGAAGUAUCUUAUCGUUUGUGAAGUUUAAUUGAAUCGUGUGUGGAAAUAGAAGCUUUGUUAAAUUUAAGUCUUACCUUAAAUUUAAAAAUCAAAAUCAUGAGAAGGAGUACUGCUUUGGAUAAGUUUCUUAUAACAGCAAUGGAUCGAUUUGUAUGGUUCAUCUUGUUGGUCGUCACGACACACCUGGUAACAGAGUUUACCAAGAUAAAUGCUUACACGAGAGGCGAUCGCCGGAGUAUAAUGCCAAUGAACGAGUCAGUUUUUCUUAAUGCGAUCGAAGUCCCAUACUGGAUGCAGACUCCGAAUCAUAACCUAGAUUUGAUGCAGCCAACGAAUGAGGCUAACAAUGAGGAUAAAUCUUUUAGUCUUCGACCUUUGAUUGAUAGUAUCUUCGAGAUUCCUCUGUCAGCUUUGAGUGCAGUAAAUCGUUUUGUGCAAAGACUUACAUCGGGUUAUUCGGCGAGUCCAACAACAACAGGAUAUCCGGAGAAAUCUGAAAUGAGACAGAAGAGUUCGUGAUUUGAUUUACAACUUUUUUCUUAAGUUGCAAAAUUAUUUAUUCUACUUAUGAAAAAGUUUUAACGUCUUGAAGCAAACUUGUUGUAGAGUUAUAAAAUGUAUGUUUUUUUUUAAGUAAUUCCAUAGAUUAAAUGUAGGUUUUUAGUAAUUUUAGAUUUAAGUUUUGUUUUUAAAAGUGUGUGAUAUUAUUUAUUUAUUUUUU